UCCAGGAGAUAAUAAGGACUAAGAUAAGAACAAAAAGGUUUUUCAUAUAUCCGCCGCUUGUCUCAUUUGGCACCAGCUUUCCGGAAACAAAUAUUUGAAAGAGAAGUAGAGCUAAAUUGCGUCCACAGAAAACAGUGAUGAUUUUCAUGCACACAAAACUGAAAUCCCAGAAAGCAUCCACUCUUCACACCUCGUUGCCACAAUUAUAAAUCAAGAUUUAUCACUCUCUGUAUUUCCAUUCAUUCACUCAUUCAACUGUUUCUGUAUUUUGGGAUGCUUGAAUGGGAGAUAUGUUUUAGGCGGGAUAUCUGAAAAUGGGCAGGCGGGCAGUAGCCGCUGUAACCGCCGAUUCUUCUCCUUCCUCUGGCGAAUCCAGCUUCCGGGAGCUCGAUGAUGUUUUCUUGCAGACUCAAACAAGAAUAUGGCUUGGAGAAGUUCUUAAUACAAGAUUGGAUGAGGAUUUGUAUAUUUCUGAUUUGCUUCAAGAUGGGGAGCUACUGUUUGAAAUUUCUAAAGUGAUAUGGAAUUUGAUGUUGGCAAAAUGUGUGGAGCUUAGACAUUUCAAACAUAAACAUGGCCCUUUUGGUUCUAAGAAGAGUAUUGGGAGAUACAGGCCUUACUCCAAUGUUGAUUUAUUUUUGAAGAUGUGCAAAAUUUUGGGAUUGAAUGGCAUUGAUCUCUUUUCACCAUCAGAUGUUGUCGAGAAAAGAGAUAUUCGGAAAGUUUGCAUUUGCAUAAGAGCACUCUCGAGGAAAGCCCGGGCUAAGCAACUAAGUGUUCCGGACUUUGAUGUGGUUAUGUACACAGUAGCCAUGCCCACAGAUAUGGUUGGAGGCAUUCGAAGAAGCUUGGAAUCAGCACAAUGUAGCCUUUCAAGUUCAUCCAGUUACAGCUCACAUAAAGGAUCUACAACAAAAUUGAAACAGAAAAAUCUAUAUGCAUUGUCUGAUAGAAACGACGAUUGUCUCUCUGAAGAGUCAGAUGAGGCGGAAAGCAGAUAUAUGGAAGAACAGUCUUUUUCUUCAUCUGCCACCAAGUUUGAUGCUACUGGUGAACUACAUCCAGACUUGGAAAGUUCACCACCUGGAGCCUAUCCGGAAGUUGGACGAUAUGUGGAGAGACCAAAUGUACUAAAUUCAGAUAUUAAAUGCCCAUAUAUGGAGGAAUUUGAACAUGGCCCGCACGCAUUAGCAUGUUCAUUCAAGCCCAAAAAACUGCUUUCUUCAGAAAUUUUUGGAAAUGAUCGUCUGCUUGAUAUGAGGCCAUCUAAUUGCACCAAAAAUGAUAAAGUAGAUAUUUCUGAUAUCAACUUUGCCCUUGAGAAUGAUGAUUCGGUUGUAGGAGAUUCUUCUAGCAUCAGUGGAGAUGGAAGAAAUUAUAUUUCAGAUUACUUGGCAUUUUCCGACUUGAUUGUCCAUACAACUGAUGGUAGCAGUCCUCUUUUCUUUGAUGGAGAAAACAAUCUUUUUGAUUUCUUCCUGAAUGUUGAUUCUGAAGAACUAACCUCUGAAAAAAGGUGUGCUCAAAAUGGACUUCAAAGGAAAUAUUCUGAUGACGAAGAUAUGGAAGUAUCUUCCACCACUAGCAUGAGCUCCGUGUUAGGUCGGUUGCUUAACAUGGAGUUUGCCGACCAGUUUGAUGCAGACGAUUCUUCAACUACAAAUGUUUAUGUGGAUGAUUCUUCAUCUACAAAUGUUAAUAUAGACAAUUCUCCAACGACAAAUUACUCUUCUGGAUCAAUGGACAUUGAGGCUGACAAGAAGGGUGGAAAAUCGUUUGUAUUGUAUGAAACCCAAAACAUGGACAAGUUUGGAAACCCACCACGCACUUCAGCUAGUAAUUCCCCAGAACCUGAAUUUAUACAUAAAAAUCUGGGUGUUUCUACCGAAUACUUAUCUUCAUCUCAGCACAAUUGCCAACUAUCCAGUCAUGAUGACGAUACUUGUUAUGCUUCUGAAAACAGAAAUCAGGACAAAAAAGAACACAGUAUGGAAGUAUUGGCGGAAAAUACUUCAGAUGGCAAUAAGAAUACAAGUCCCGAACUCCCUCCAGUGAAGCAUGGUCGAAAGCAACUUCUGAAAACAGUUUUUAAAGGCACGGCCCUUGUUGGUGUGUUAUUUUUCUUGUUGCACAUCAGAAGCAGAGGGGAUAAUGCGAAAGAAACUAAGCCGUUUGAUCAGACUCAGAAGUUUAGCAGUUCAAAGUUCUCAUCAACGAAGCAACGGAAGGAAGGUAGAAUGAGUGGAAUAUAUCCAGCUGACAAGCUGAAGUUUGGAAAUUAGUAAUAAGUUAAAGAGGAAAUGUAUACGUACAGAAAUAUAUGUCUACAAUAUUACUUCUCGUGACAUAAAAAACAUAUUUGUUUUGCAUUAUAGAUAGUUCUUGAGUGCCACACAUCGAGCUUCUUCCUCAAUUUCUUUGUGUAUUUUGCUAAUAAGGAUGACAAGAAUCGUA